AUGGAUUUGGGAGAAAAAAAAAAAAUUAAGGGAUUGAAUUAUCUAUCUAAUUUUAAAAAAUUAAAUUUACUGUCUUGUUGUUUUAUAGCUGUGGCAGCAUUAAAUAAUAAUAAUAAUGGGAGAAUUAAUUACACCACAACGUCGCCAAUCGAUCCAUCAAUACUGAAAAGGACUCAAGAGGGUAUAAAUAAUACGUGCGUUCAAGAUACACUAAGAUCAUCACGGUCGACAUCGCUCGGAAUGGGAAUAUCGGAUGAUAGCAAACCGGAUGACGAAUCGCGAGAAGUCGAUUCUCCGCCCAUGAUAGACACAAAAGGAUUAAUGAUAGAUUCAAUGGCGGAAGGUGGUACAUUGGAUCCCGUAGGAAGCAGCAACGCGUCGGAUAAUAACAGCGAAUGCGAAUUGGACGAAUUUGCACCCAAGAGAAAGCAAAGAAGGUACAGGACGACGUUUACGAGUUUUCAAUUGGAAGAAUUGGAAAAAGCAUUUGCGAGAACUCACUAUCCGGAUGUGUUCACCAGGGAGGAAUUGGCAAUGAAAAUCGGAUUAACGGAAGCCAGAAUACAGGUGUGGUUUCAAAACAGGAGAGCCAAAUGGAGGAAACAAGAAAAAGUCGGACCACAGGCUCAUCCUUACAAUCCGUACUUGGCAUCGGGAGGAGGAGGUGGAGGUGGUGGUGGUGGCGGGGGCGGUACAACGCCGCCGUCGGCCGUCACGCCGACUCUUCCGAAUCCUUUUUCUCAUUUGGGAUUCACGUUGCGUAAACCUUUCGAGGGUGCGACGGGAGCGGUGAGUUUGGCGGCGGCAUUCAGAGGAUAUCCUCACCUCGGACCGGGUCCGGUUAUUCCGAGCGGGUAUUUAGGGGCGCCGCCUCCUUUUCACCGCGGUGCUCCGACGACGUUGUUACCAUCGAGUUUAGGACCUUUGACAUACAGUCCAUCGACGGCUAGUUCGUUUCAAAACUUGCUCGCAAACAUAUCGGCCGCACAGAGACCCAAACACUCACCGACGGGAUCUCCGACGGAAGAUUAUCAGCAACACGCGGCUGCAUUGUUGGCCGCGGCGACCGUGUCCGCCAUGGCUUCGCCUACGACGACCGUGUCCGCGUCGACUUCUCCCCCAGCGACGACGGCUCCGGAUUUGGACAGAAGGAGUUCGAGCAUAGCCGCUCUAAGAUUAAAAGCGAGAGAACACGAAAUCAGACUGGAACUCCUUAGGAAAAACGAUCUUGUUAGUUGA